AUGCCAAGAGGGGGGCCCCCGGGGGGCCCCGGGGCUACAGGGGCACCAGGGGGCCCCAUGGGAGGCCGCAUGGGGGCUGGCAUUCCUGGGGCUGGCAUGGGGAACGCUGGGGGCCGUGUAGGGGCGGGGCCUGAAGGUACCCCCUGGGGGCCCCCAGGGGGGCCCCCCGGGGGCCCCCCAGGGGGGCCUCCUGGGGCGCCACCAGGGGGCCCCAUGGUCGGAGGCCUGGCUGGGGGCAUUGGGCCCCCUCCUGGCAUCAUACCCACACCGGCUGGCAUUGGUACAGGAGGAUGCAUAGGACCUGGGGGGCCCCCCAUGUUCAUGGGGGCCCCUGAGGGGCCCCUCGCAUCGCCAGGGGGCCCCACGAGGCCCCCUGGGACCGGCCUGGGGGCCCCCGCCAUUGUAGGCGGAAGAGGCAGAGGAGGGAAAGGCAUGCCUGGGGAGAAGACAAACAGCAAACACAGCCGUAACACCCCACUAUGA